AUGGGUGAAAUGGUACGAGAAGAGAUUUUGAGGAGAGUUAAAAAAGCAGGAGUAUUUUCAAUAAUUAUAGACACAACUACUGAUGUUUCAAACUUGGAGCAGUUUUCAUUAGUCCUACGUUUUGUUAAUGAAGAAGGUCAAACUGAAGAGAGACUUGUUGCUAUGAAAGAAGCCCCUGAUUCUAUAGGAUUGGGAAUGUUUAAUGUUUUUUUUGUUAUGGAUACAUGUGAUAAAUAUUCAAGUAUUAGAAAUUUCUUUGGAGAUGUUCAACAAUUGAUCACAUAUAUGAGGGCAAGAAAACGAACAGCCAUAUUCCUAGAGCAACAAAUUAAAUGCUAUCCUUCUGAAAGGCCAUGUAGAAUGAAAAACUUCUCUACCACCCGUUGGAAUUCUCAUGAUCGUGCAUUAUCAGUAUUAAUUGAAUGUGAGUUGCCAAAUAUACGUAGCCGUCGCAGGAAACUGUUGCCUGGAGAAAUUGUUUCUGAUAAAGUUAUUACAAAUCCUUAUGAAAAAUUUAAAAUUGAAGUUUAUUAUGUAGUAUUGGAUCAAGUAAAUACUUCUAUUAUAAGUAGAUUUGAAGGUGCACGAGAUAUAUUGUCCAACUUGUCAUUAUUGACUUUUGAUCGGUUAGAGGCAACUAGAAAAGGAACUGAAAUUCCUCAAGAUAAUUUUAUUGCGUUUAUGAAUUGGAUUCCUAAUUUAAAUCUUGAUAAUUUAAAAAUGGAAUAUACCAUAUUUGCGAGUAGUUUUAUUAACUUAUACAAUGGUAUACAUUUUUCCAGUAUUAACUCAAAUAAGGAUCUGAUCAUUGAUAGCGAAAAUGAAACUAAACAUGAUUCUGACUCAUCUAAUGAAAUAGACAUUGCAGCAUUCCCAAACCUUUUUGUAGUAUAUAAGUACUUAUGCACUAUUCCUACAACAUCUGCUUCAAGUGAGAGAUCAUUCUCUAAAGUAAAACUUGUUAAAACUCGACAUAGAUCUACUAUGACGCAAAAUAGACUUGAAAGUCUCAUGCUAAUAUCAUGUGAAAAAGAUAUAGUUUUAAAUCCAGAAGAAUUUUUGAACAAAUAUGCUUUGACAUCUUCAUUGCUGCGAAAAGAAUUGUUGUUCAAAUAA